UGUCCCCGAGAAACAUUCCGCCCCUGUGAUUGGUUCCGCUUCCUGAUGAUGCUCUUUCGGCUCUUUUGGCAGGAAGGGGAGUGAGGUCCUGCUCAUUGGAUGGGAUGGAAGAUGUCGUCUCCAGGCUGUGCGGAUCUCCCCCAUCAGACCCGUUACCUGUCUGGGUCAAUGGCCAUGUUGGCGUCUGCUUUAAUCAGCUGAUCCUUAGCACCGUUCCUCACGUGUUAUUUGCUGUGACCAGUGCCUGCCAUGCCGGAGCCUCCAGGAACUCCCGAUUUACCUCCCUGUCUCCAGCCUGGCGAUGUCGGAUUUUAUUCUCCUUCCUCCUCACGUUGUUCUGUGCUUCUGAGUUGGCCUUGGGGGCCGUUUUUCCACGUGAAGUCCCCUCCUCAAUAGAAGUUCUUUCAGGAGGAGUUUGCUGCUUGUCAUGGUUUACACAUCUCCUGGUGCUACUCAACCUUCGGAAGAAAUUGUACACGAUUUCUAGAGGACCUCUGAGUUUGGUGUUGCCGGUUCUCCUCUUGAUUCCCUCAUCAGUGAUCAGGAUAGUUUGGUUACUCCAGGAAGGGGCUGUGACGUCACCCGUGAACUCAGUUCUCGCGUCUCGUUUUUCCCUCUCAUGUCUUCGGCUUUGCUUUGUAGCUUUGUAUUUUGUAGCUUUUCUUGUUCCUUCUCGACCCCAAAGAUUUCCCAUCAACGUCUCCAUAAAUGAAGGCGAUGAAGAUGUCUCUCUGCUGUUCUCCUCUGCCCACAGUGUCGGUGAAGAGACCUCGGAGGACAAUGAAAGUUUUCUUUCACAGUUGUUCUACUUUUGGAUGAAGCCACUUAUGCAAAGGGGAGCAUGUGGAGGAUUGAAGCAACCCCAGGAUGUACCGAUCCUGCCAUAUGGUCUCCGAACUGCAAGAAUCCGCCAAAAAUUCCUGUCCAAGAGUCCUCCUGGAACAUUGCGCCUCUCAUCAUCGUUGCAUGCAAGCUUCGGAAGGCGUUUUUACUCUUUAGGGUUGAUAAAACUUUUCUGCAUAAUCCUUGGGUUCAUGGGCCCAGUGCUGCUAAAUCUUCUGGUGAAUUUCAUGGAGACCAGAGAGGAGCCUCUCAGCUGGGGGGUGAUCUACUCUGCUGGGCUCUUCUUCAGUGGCAUUCUGGGAGCUCUUCUACAGAACCAGUACAUACAUCAGAUCAAUAAGGUGAUGCUGGCUGUGAAAACGGCUGUACUGACUACUGUGUACCGUAAGGCCAUUCAUGGUGAAGGGACAGGACUUGCUGGGUUCUCUGCAGGGGAAGUGAUGAACCUGAUGAGCACAGAUGCAGAUCGAAUAAGCAAUUUUUACCGGAGCUUGCAUGAGUUGUGGAGCCUUCCCCUACAGUUCUCCAUCACACUUUACCUACUGUACCAACAGGUGGGCAUUGCUUUCCUCGGGGGCCUUGGACUGGCUUUUCUGUUGGUACCUCUGAAUAAAGUUCUUGCCACUCGCAUCAUGAACAACAACAAAGAAUUGUUGCGACAUAAGGACGCCCGAGUCAAGCUGGUGACGGAGUUGUUGUCUGGGAUGCGGGUGGUGAAGUUUUACACAUGGGAAGAACAUUUUGCACGUCAGCUGACCAUCCUACGGAGGAAGGAAUUGCGCAGCCUUCGGGCCAUUAAAUUACUGGACGCUGUUUGUGUGUAUCUGUGGGCAGCUUUACCUGUCCUCGUUUGCAUCAUCACCUUUGUCACCUAUGUACUGCUUGGGAACCAGCUUACUGCAGCCAAGGUGUUCACAACUCUGGCUCUUGUGGGAAUGCUAAUUUUGCCAUUGAACAAUUUCCCCUGGGUGCUGAAUGGAGUCUUAGAGGCCAAGGUGUCAUUGGAUCGGAUUCAGAGCUUCCUGGAGCUCCCAGACCAAAACAUGCUGACGUAUUACAACAUGGAAGCGCCCCCUAAAGGAGGAGCCACAGCGGUGGAGAUGCAGAAUGCCUUAUUUUCCUGGGGGGCAGCGUUUAAGGACGACGUGGAGAGAUCCAAAUCGCUGCAAAUCUCCAUCGGUCAUCUGUCUGUUCCCAAGGGAGCGCUGGUGGCCAUUGUUGGAAAAGUUGGGUGUGGAAAAAGCUCUCUUUUGGCCGCAAUAACUGGAGAACUGACCAGGCGCCGGGGAACGCUGUACGUGUCGCACCAGGAAGCCGGCUUCGGUUUUGUGGCGCAGGAGCCGUGGAUUCAGUUUGCCACCAUCAGGGAUAAUAUCCUGUUCGGGAAGGAAUAUAAUGACCAUCUAUAUAAGGAGGUUGUGGAGGCCUGCGCCCUGACCGAUGACCUGAGUAUAUUUCCAUCUGGAGACCAGACGGAGGUUGGGGAGAACGGUGUCACUCUCAGUGGGGGACAGAAGGCUCGAGUCAGCCUGGCCCGGGCUGUGUAUCAAGAGAAGGACAUUUAUCUGCUGGAUGACCCCCUGGCUGCAGUAGAUGCGGAUGUGGCCUCCCAUCUCAUGGAGAAAUGCAUCCUGGGGAUUUUGCGGCACAAGACCCGGAUCCUCUGCACUCACCGGACUGAGCUGCUGGAGAAAGCGGAUCUUCUCGUCCUGAUGGAUGAUGGGAAAAUUAUCCAGACUGGACCUCCAGAAGAAAUCAUGGCUUUGCUUGAAGCUUCUCCCAAACUCAAAGUCUCCAAAAGUGAAACACAAGAAAAAGAGAAUGGUGGCGAUGGUGUUGAUGAAGAGGAUGCUGGGAAGGAGGUCCUGUUACCUGGCUCUACGAUGGGGGAGGAGGAGAAGAAGGAGGGGGCGGUCUCCCUACAGGUGUAUGCGGCAUAUUGGAGGGCAGUGGGGAGCUGCUUGGCCGGAUCGGUGCUGCUGGCCUUAUUCUUCAUGCAGGCUACCAGGAACGUGUCUGAUUGGUGGCUGUCACACUGGAUUUCAAGCUUGUCAGACAAGUCAAGAAAUGUGUCUUUGUCGGUGCUGGUCCCUCCCGUACUGUCACCUGCACUGCUUCUCUUCUCCUCCAGAACUCUCGUGUCUCCAGUGAGAUGGGCCGAGUCUGCAGGUCAGAACAGUUCUGGGAAUUUAACCUUCUAUCUCUCAGUAUAUGGUGGGAUUGCAGCAGCCAAUUCCGUCUUCACUGCCUUGCGUGCAUUGCUCUUCGCCCUGGGAACUGUGCAGGCGGCCACCGCAAUCCACAGGCGCUUAUUGCAGAGAGUGCUGCGGGCCACGGUAACUUUCUUUGACAGCACACCAGUUGGACGCAUCAUCAAUCGAUUCUCCUCCGAUAUGUACUGCGUGGAUGAUUUCCUGCCCUUCAUGCUCAAUAUAUUCUUGGCCAACACCUUUGGUCUGCUGGGCAUGCUGGUGAUGAUCAGUUAUGGGCUGCCCUUGAUCCUGCUCGUCCUCAUUCCUCUGGGUCUCUUGUACUAUUCCAUCCAAAGAUAUUACCGCCACACUUCCCGCGAACUCAAGCGGCUGCAGAGCAUCACCCUGUCCCCGAUCUACAGCCACUUCUCUGAGACCUUGUCCGGCCUGAGUACCAUCCGCGCCACGCGACAUGCUGACAGGUUUAAACUUGAAUGUGAGUCUCGUCUAGACGUGAACCAGCGUUGCGUGUUCACCAGUAAUACCGCUGUACAGUGGCUGGACAUCCGCCUGCAGAUGAUUGGAGUAGUAGUUGUUACCGCCAUCGCUGUUAUCGCUAUAAUCCAACACCAGAGGAGAGCCGGUGAUCCAGGUCUAGUUGGCUUGUCUCUGUCCUAUGCACUCUCCAUCACGGGAUUGUUGUCCGGUCUCAUCUCCAGCUUUACUCAGACAGAAGCCAUGAUGGUGAGUGUGGAGAGAGCUGAAGAGUACUCCACCAUGCUGCCAUGUGAACCGAGAGAGGGGAUAGUGACGGUAGAGCCGGACUGGCCCAAACAUGGGUGUAUUGAGUUCAGAGAUGCCGUUUUAUGUUACCGCCCUGGCCUUCCCAAUGCUUUGGCUGGUGUGAACUUCAUCAUAUCUCCCGGGGAGAAGAUUGGAAUUGUGGGUCGGACAGGCUCCGGAAAGUCCUCUUUGUUCCUGGUGCUCUUCCGGAUGAUGGAGCUGAAUUCUGGACAAAUUCUUAUUGAUGGCACUGCCACACGAGAGCUGAAUUUGGAAGACCUGAGGUCACGACUUGCCAUCAUCCCUCAGGAUCCCUUCCUGUUUAGCGGUAGUGUCCGGGAGAACCUGGAUCCAUUGUCCCGCCACACGGAUUCUGAUCUGAUGGAUGUUCUCUCCCAGUGUCACCUGCGGGAUUUGGUGGAGCGUAUCGGGGGUCUGGAUGCAGAUGUUGGUGACAAAGGAAAGAAUUUCUCCCUUGGACAGAGGCAGCUCUUGUGUCUGGCCAGAGCUCUGCUCACUCAUGCCAAGGUUUUGUGCAUCGAUGAAGCUACGGCCAGUGUUGACCAUCAGACCGAUCAGCUGCUGCAGCAGACCAUCCGCGAAAGGUUCAGAGAGCGCACGGUCCUCACUAUCGCACACAGGUUGAACACCAUUAUGGACUCGGACCGCUUGCUGGUGAUGCAUGCUGGGAGGGUGGCUGAAAUGGAUUCUCCCAUAACCCUCAGCAACAAGAGAGACUCUCACUUUUACCGGCUAAUAAACAGUGGGCAGAACGGAAGUACUGAGGGUUAGAAUGACGUUUUCUUGUCUUCACU